CCGUCAUAUGUCAAAAUGGCUGUUUUUGAAGUCUAACAAACAUGUGCCCAAGAUAUCGUCAAAUUUAAUUCAUUUCAAAGGUAAAAACACCUUUACACUUAACGCUAAACUCUACACCCAUUAAACCCCAUCCUUCACGUAUCGAAACACUCCCAUUAAAAAGCGUUCGUCACGAACAACGUGUGCUCCGAAAAAAUGGGCGAUUCCGCUGAUGAGGUUACGAAAAAAAUUGAGCAAACGAGCCUCGUUGAGGAGUCCGAUUCCGAAGGAAACGUUAAAGAAUUAAAUCCUCCCGUUAAAAAAGAAAGUAAAGCGGAUGAUUCCGCCGUUGAUUUAAAAUGCGAUAAAAGUUCGACGGAAGAUUCGGACGGGAAUAGUACCGAGGUGGAAUCCUCUGAUGAUACCCUCACAGAGACAUCUACGUUUAGUGCUAAUUGCAAAGACAAUAAUGUGGAUACGGCGAAUGAAAAUUCCACAUCAAAUGGCUGUGUAAAGGAAAAGAACGAGAAAAGUGAUGUUAUUCGAGGGAAUUCAUCGCUGUGUAAUCUUUUGGUUUACGGAACUGAUGAAAGUUCCGAAAGCGAAUCUUCCUCCGAUUCCGAAUCGUAUGAAUCUCUUGGAUUAUCCGAUAAUGAUGAUGAAUGUGCAGCUAAAAGCGUUGAAUUCGUGGAGAAAACGACCGUCCGAGAAACAGUAAGGACAUUAGGUGAAUUAAGUAUUGAUGAUUUACCUCCGGUUCCUGAUUUAUCCCACACUGAUAUAAACGUCCCUGAAGGAGAAUGUGUUCAUAUGGGAAAUGUGGCAGCUAUAAUUGAUCGAUUAGUUACAGUGGAUUCUCUCCCGAACAUGCCAGCUUACGAUUUGGACACAUUACUUUUCGUGGAAAACGGAAAAAAGCCUUUGGGUUAUGUCUACGAUGUAAUGGGACCCGUAACACAUCCAGUUUAUGUGAUUCGUUUUAAUAACAGAGAAGAAAUCGAUAGUUUAGAUGUUAAAAAAGGUCUUCCUGUGUAUUCAGCCCCGAAAACACAACACACCCAAUACGUUUUCUUGGAUAAACUCAUGCAAACUAAAGGGAGUGAUGCUUCUUGGACCGGGGACAACGAGGUUCCCGUUGAAUUAGCCGAAUUUUCCGAUGACGAAGAGGAACGGAAAUUCCGUCGUGGAAAAGGCGGUGAUACCCGAAAACGCAACAGCAUCGAACGCCACAAAGAAUUUGAGAAGGAUAUGAACGUAAAGAAUAUCAUUGAUUCUCGUUUACACAGGAUUCGAGAUAGUUUUGAGCCAACAUCGAAAAGGCACGCUCCGAGCGCGACGGUUACCAAUAAACCGGGCUUCCAUUUCCGGCCGGGUACAACCACGGCCCCCCCAGUCUUCAGCUUCGCCCACCCGCCCCCCGUGGGUCCCAAUGUGCCUUCCUUUGGCCCUUUCGUAGCGUCUCCUUUCGUCCAACUUCCCCAAUAUCCCGUUGGGGCCCCUUAUGUAACAGCUCCCGUUUUACGGGGGAUGCCGCCAAUGCAAAAUGUAGCUCCGUUUGUACCGAGCGUCCCACCACCUCCUUUACCUCAUACAAUGGCUUCUCCGAUAAGGCCCCCAACGAUGCCACCUGUGAUGGCUCCCCCACCUACUUUGGAGCAACAAAAACAUCGAGGUCUUGCACCUAGAGUAUUGUUCCCUACGGAAAUGGGACUGCCAAGACCUCGAGGGACUUUUGUACCGUUUUAUAACCCGGGGGUUGCGAAUGUUUGGAGUUACCAACAUAGUAUGCCCCCACCCAGUCACCAGGUGAGACCGCCAAGAGGGUAUUACCCCCGAAAUUCAUGGACCUAAAUUGGUUUGGUUAUUACUUUGAGAGAAUGUACAUUUAAUUUCUAAUAAUUGUGAAACUAUUAGGUCAGUAUUAUUUUUAGAUGAAGCGGGGGAUGUAUUAAGAGGUUUUUGUACGGUGUACCUUGAUAAACCAUUUUUAUUUUUCCAAAAUGAGGUGCUUUCGUUUGUAUAAUUUCUUCAUUUGUAAAGUUAUGUUAUAAAUAUG